UUUUAAUCGAAGUGACAAAUUGGCAGAUUAAAUUAUUUAAAUAUUUUGAUCAAGCAAAUUUUUCGUUUCUCAUCUCAACAUUUUCAUUCAUUUACAUUUUGAUUUAACGUAAUUCACAAAAUCACUUGUAUACUAUAAUAUAAUAGGAGUAUAUCAUCAAUCGACGUUAAUUAUUUGAUCAAAUUAAAUCUGAACUUUGAAAUUUAGACCCAAAACUAUGGCAGAUAUUUUAGUAAUGGAAUGGAUGGAAGAAUUCGAAGCCUUAACUGAAAGUGAAAUUCAUACAUAUUCAACAGAGCAAGAACACAAUCAUGAAAUAAUGAUAGCAUUAUUUGAUGUCCUUUCAGAACCAACCAAAUAUAAAUUAGAUAAUAUGUUGGAUGGAAUAUGUCGGCAAUUGUUAGACUUCUAUCGGUCUGGAGAAAAACAAUUAAAAAGAUUCACCCUGCAAUAUAUUCCAAUGUUAGUUUUUCUUCAUUUGAAUGACAAAAGUUUAUCUUCUGUACAAACACUUUUGGUGAGCCUGUAUAAUUUAGAGAUCAUUGAUGCGAAAGGUCUACCUAAAACAUUAUUUUUCCGACUGCCAAGUAUAGCUCAAUCUAGUAUUUACCAUGACGCUACAAAUUUGGAGCCUUCUUUUAUAGCUGAGAACUCGUUGAGGAGAUGGGAGGAUUGCAAUAACAAGUUAGUUAGCUGGGGGCCAUUGCCCCAAGUGGAAUGUUUAAAUGCUCAGAACAGACGUAGAGUUUUAACUGCACUUAUUUUUCUCUACAACCAGUAUCUGUCAAAUGCUCUUACACAGGGUAUAGAGUAUACCUGCAAAGGAAUCUCAAGACUGGUCACUCAGGGAUUUCAAGCGAACAAAUCAAGUAGAAAUUCGCUAAAUAGCGAUACGGAUAGUACAACGGGGCAGUCCGUCCUUCCCAACCGUAGAAUUCCGGUGACCAAUCAGUUUUUGGUGGAGUUGCUGAAUAUUGUUUAUAAUGCGAUGGAACGAGGUAUCAGUGGCGGGGUGAAAGCCCUUAAUGACAUAACGCAAAGGGCAGCCUACGAAGCAUACCCAGAUGUACUGUUAGCAGCCAAUUCUGUGAAAAACCUUCUUCAGUAUUCUCCAACAAUCAAUGCUGUAACACCCCGUGUUUCUCAUAGUCAAAGUGUAUCAAAAUCGAUGAUAACAAAUGCAUCGUUCAGAACAAAGAAAUUACCAGAUGACAUCCCCAUACAAGACGAUCAUCAUCAAGAUCCUCUAGAUUCGAUAACAGAAGAACAAGAAGAGACUGAAAAGUCUAAAUCUAAGGGCUCCGUUAGUGCUUUGAAAGGUCAUUUACCGAAACUGCCGGGGCUCAGUAAAAAGCAUAAAGAGAAGAACAAGCCGGCCGAAGUAGAAAUGACUGCGGCUAGUGGUGAUAUGUCUGAAUUCACUUCAAAUACAGAAUUUAACAAUACGGUGCAUGUAAGUGCAGUUUGACACUUAAGGUAGAAACAUUUUUUUUGUGAUAUUACUCAUUUCUCAGUCAUAAAUGUUGAGUAUAUAAUGAUGAUCAAUUAUCUUAGAUUAGAUAACUUUAUUUGGUGUUGUUUCAUUUUUAUAAGAAUCGAUGAAAGUUUAUUGUAUGUUGUUAAAAAAUGUAUUGAAAUUAUGACUAAUUUUAUUCUUUAAUUUGAUUUCACAAUCAACCAACUCAUGCAACAUUUGCCUCAAAUUCAAAUCAAAAAGAUUAGGUUUCGAAAUCACAUAUUUAAUAAAAGUAUUGUUACGUGAAUUCCAUUUAGUCUAAUUUUAAAUGAACUGAUUUUAUUUGCUCUUUUAGAGAUUAAUUUCUACUUUGAACUAAAAUCACACUUAUGUCUUUUCAAAUUAAUUUUUUUUAUUUUGAGAUUCGAUUCAUGAUUUGCAGCAAUAUUUCUCUCAAUUCAAAUGUAAAAACUCUUUAUGCCCUUGGAUAUUUUCAUGCACAACAGAAUCACAUAACUUAAACUCUUGUAGUUUUAAAUUUUAAUGAGAUAAGAUAACAUUUUUGCAGCAUAAUCACACAUGUGACACUUAUGUUCCUGAAAAUUGAGAUGUACAUAAUUUCUAUGAAAUUUAAAUUCCGAUUUCAUAUUUGUAGCAAAAUUACUGACAUGUAUGUCAUUUUAAAUUCGAAUGUAUGUUUCUGAAUACUUUUGAAGUGUAUAUUUCCAACUUGAAUUGAACACACCUAAAGCACAUGUAUAUUGUUGCAAAUUCAAAUAUAAAUAAUCUAUAUGUUUUUUCAGAUGAGAUUUUUAUGCGCACCAGAAUCACAUAACUUAAACUCUUGUAGUUUUAAAUUUUAAUGAGAUAGGAUAACAUUUUUGCAGCAUACUCACACAUGUGACACUUAUGUUCCUGAAAAUUGAGAUGUAGAUCAUUUCCAUGAAAUUUAAGUUCCGAUUUCAUAUUUGUAGCAAAAUUACGGACAUGUAUGUCAUUUUAAAUUUGAAUGUAUUGUUUCUGAAUACUUUUGAAGUGUAUAUUUCCAACUUGAAUUGAACACACCUAAAGCACAUGUAUAUUGUUGCAAAUUCAAAUAUAAAUGAUCUAUAUGGUUGUUACAAUGAGAUUCUUGAUGCGCAGCAAAAUCACAUGAGUGACACUUAUGUUGUUGAAAAUUGAAAUGUACAUAAUUUCUAUGAAGUCAAAUUGCAAUUUUAUAUUUGUAGCAUAAUUGCUGACAUGUAUAUUGUUUAAAAUCUGAAUGUAUUGUUUCUGAAUACUUUUGGAGUGUAUAUUUCCAAUUUUAAUUGAAAACACCUAAAACACAUGUAUAUUGUUUCAAAUUUAAAUAUAUAUUAUCUAUAUGGUUUUUCA